UCGUGGCCAGAGUAUCUAUUAAUGAAAAUUUAAUGGUGCACUGUAUUUCGCAACCGGGGCGCGUUUCGAGAUCCUCUACAGGCGUCACCAAUGAAAGCUCGCUUCAAGCAUCACUCGGGGACGCAGAGUCUCCGAGUCACGGAUGUUGGUCUGAUCUCGGAUAGUCCAAUAUGAUGCCACUGAAACGAAUUUGACAUUGACAGGCCCGUUGGCCUGAUAUUUUUUAUUGACAGUCAGUCUCUGGCCUUUGGCCUCCGCGGUUUUUUGUCAUUCGCGGUUUUUUUCCAGUUGCCCAGAAGAUUACUGGAGAGAUAGAUCUGGUGAUAAACUUUCAUUCUUGACCCUACAUGCCACUGGUUCUUGGCCUACGGGCCACCUUUGGUUGUCGGCCUUCAUGGUUGAUCCUGCCAGUCCCGCCAUCUAUGCUACCACAUAAAUAUCAGAACUGUGGUCUCUAUGAGUCCCUCUUCCCCGGCUAGUUAUAGAAUGGAUUACGAUUUCUGGCGAGAGCUAGCCAAUGCAUUGCAUGCAGUACAAGGAAUUGUCGAUAACCCUCAGCCUCCCUUCUACCCGCCUUCGGCUUCAGCAAAUUGGGAUGGGGGUCCGCCACCCGUGGUUACUCAGUAUCACCAUAUGGAUGGUGGACACUCAACGAGUAACGAUCAAGCGCCUGCUCUUGCUCAUCUACAUGAUGCGGGGUCUUACCAAAGUCUAUUUCCAAGUGAUAUGACUGCUGAUGAACAGUUCUCGCACAACGCCUCUUUCAGUCAUUUCCACCCUCCUCUCUUCGACGAUCCGUCUGCCAACAAUCUGGGAUUUUCUGGCAACGUCGCCGAAUCACACCCCAUUGAGGGUCACCCUCACCCGGUCCAUGACAACCAAUCAGAAUCGCACGCAUCUGGCCGCUUGUUGGUCUGCAAGUGGAAUAACGAUCACGGUCCAUGUAACAAGACUAUAGAUGAAGGAGAAAUCGCGAACCAUUUGAGGUCGUCCCAUCUCCCACGGUCUGGGUGCACCCCUGUAGUAAAAUGUCAAUGGAAGGGAUGUAAACUCCCAAACCUCAUCCGCCGAGAUACAAUCAUUCGCCACAUCCGUCAGAUUCACCUCAAAAUCAAACCUCGACGCCAGUCAUAGGCUACUUCUUCGAGUCAUAUUAUGGCUUGACUCCGUCAAUAUCCGCAGCCUUAUUUAGUCAUUAUCAAUAUGCUUCGACUGCCGUAUGAUAAUUCAUGUUUCCUGGUGAUGUUCCAUGCUAUGUCGCUUUCAAGUACAAACUCAUGUCGAUUUAUUUAUAACAUGCCUUGCCAUACUUUAUUUAACUUUCAAGCUGUUCGUCCUCAGAUAUUCUUUUCACGUAUCUGAGCGUUCAAUCAGAUAAAUCCAUUGAUAUGAUCCCUGGCUUUCCGCACUACGUUCACAAUUGACAGGUACCCCCCUUCUAUAGCUAGAAUCCGAAGCUUUAGAAUAUUACAAUAUGUAGAAUCUUGUCACCCAAUUAAAGGGUACAAUUCGCCAGGCGAGGAAUGGCCCCUAG